UGCUGACAAUUUGUUUACCGGAACGCGAUUUAAUUUGGUUUUAUCGGUUUUAUUACAUUUAUUAGAUUAGGUACAUCCGAAAGUAAAAGCAAGUUUUUCGAUGUUAGCGAAAUCCGAAGUUUAUUGUCUUCCAUUUCCACCAUUAACGGUGCUUUUAGACGUGCAUUGUUAGGUAUAGUGAUUGCGAGAAUGCAAAACGAAAAGGAAAAUUCCACUUCCAUAAAAUUGGAAGAAUCCACUACGAUAAAAGUCGAAGAACUUAUUAUAACCGAUGUCCUAGAUGUAAAAGGUGAACCAAUAGAAAUUAACGGAUACUCCUGUGAAACUACACUGCCUGCGACCCCCAAGGAUGAUACAUCAGUUGUGAUAAAAGCAUCUACUGCAAUAGACAUCAUUGAUGGAGUAAGAACAGAAACGGCUCCUGCUGUAGCAGCUGAUGAAAAUGGCAAAGCUGAUAGUUUCAGCAACUCGCGCGCUUUGGAAGUGCACCCUCCGAUCGGCAGUGGUAGUCAACCGAAAUACAUUUGCGACAUCUGUGGAGCAUCCUACAAGUCGCGUGGUGGUUUACACAAUCACAAAAAAAUCCACACAUCCACAUCCGUUGAGCCAAAACCUUACAAAUGUGACCAGUGUAGUUCUCGAUACGCUUACAAGCGUAAUCUCAAUUUUCACAAAAAGAAGCACCUACCGUCAAGUUCCAAUUCUGAAAAGCUCAAAUGCGACUUAUGCGGUAAAACUUUCUCGACAAAUCGAACACUGAAGAUUCACCGUAUUUUAAAACAUACGUCGGAAAAGGAUUUCAAAUGUGACAUUUGUGGUAAAGAGUACCAUUUAAUGAAGCAUUUGAAGAGCCACCUGAAAUUCCACAGCUCGGAGCGUUCGUAUAAAUGUGAUAUCUGCGGCAAUGGAUAUCAGUGGAAAGGAAGUCUGGAGAAACAUAUGAAAAUGCACACCACAACGCAAUCUUUCGAAUGUGACAUAUGUGGUAAACUUUGUACUGCCAGAACACUGCGGCAGCAUAAAAUCGUUAAACACACGUCAGAAAAAAAGUUUGCGUGUAACGUAUGCGGUAAAGAUUUCCAUAUGCAACAUUUGCUUACAAGGCACCUGAGGUGGCACAACUCGGAAUUCCUGCACCAGUGUCCGGUUUGUGGAAAAGAUUUUCUAUUUCGAAGUGAUCUUGCGCGGCACAUGUCUAUUCACAACGAUGAGCGACCAUUUAAAUGCGAGCUCUGCGACGCAUCCUUUAAGGCACGCGUUGUCUUGCAGGGACACCAAAGGCUCCACAUAUCCGACGGUCAAACACACGUUUGUGAUAUCUGUGAACGAAAGUUUGCCACCAAAGAGACUCUCAAAUAUCACCUGAGAACUCACACCGGAGAGCGACCGUUCGAGUGUGACAUAUGUCACAUAACUUUCAUCACAGGCAGAUUACUUAAUGAUCAUAAAAUGUCAAAACAUACCAAGGAAAAGAAUUUUAAAUGCCCAGAAUGUGGUAAAAGUUUUCACUUGAAAGCACAAUUAACACAGCAUCUGCAAAUACAUAAUCGCAAGAGGAAAUCACAUACUUGCGACCACUGCGGUGCGUCAUACAAGUCACGUGUUGGUUUAUACAUUCACAGAAAAAAAUUCCACGCAUCCGUCGAGCCAAAACCUUAUCAAUGGGAUCAGUAGUUCGUCGAUUCACUAAAAGAGCAAGUCUCAAUUCUCACAAAAAGAAACACGUACCGUCAAGUUCCAGUUCGGAAAAGUUUAAAAUUUAAACAGUUAAUGUGGCUAAUGCAAUAAACCGACAAACUGAUGACAUGACAUCCCAUACAUUUUCCUGAAAAAACUUAUGUUCGAAAAAUUUGAAUCAAAAUAGGGUAAGGAACGAGUUAAGCAGUGUCACCUAUUUUAAUCAGUUGAACCUAAAUGAGCCGAAAAUGCACUUUUUUAUUCACAUUUUCAAAAUCUUUUGAUAGGAUCAUCUUCACAAAUCACU